AUGCGAAAAGAAAAACGAAACAUCAUAAUCUUCGUAGACAACUGCGCUGCUCAUUCCAAGGAGAAUAAGUACACUAACAUCAAGUUGCAGUUCUUACCACCAAAUUCUACUUCUGUUCUACAACCAAUGGAUCAGGGAGUUAUUAAGGUAUUUAAGCAGCAUUAUAAAAUGCGACUUGUGAAACGGAUGCUGGAAGGACUUGAAAAUACUGGAGAGCUAAAAAAAGUCAAUAUGUUAGAAGCGAUUGAGUUAAUUGUAUCAGCAUGGGAAUUAAUAACACCAUCUGCCAUUGCUAACUGUUUUCGGAAAGCUGGAUUCUCUGACGGAGAUACAACUGAAGAAUAUCUCUUAGAAGCUGAAUAUGAAAUAUCAGAUGAAGACGAAGAAACAAACGUCGUAGUAAAAUCCCGCGAUAAUCCUACUCUACUUCAAGAGAAGCCUUAUUCUGAAGUUGCCAUAACGACGGGAAAGAUGUAG